AUUCCAUCUGCGCGCUCUCAAAGACCACGAAGAAGAUAAACCUCCAUUUCAUCAUGGCUGCCGGCAGAUUAGCGUGUUUGGGGUUGAAUGGCCUUUAUUCCACGAUUUGCGUUCCCAAACAGGCACUGGGGAGCUGCAUGGGAGCAGUGGAGCAAGUGAGAGGUUACUAUGUGAACUGGAAGAUGCUGAGGGAUGUCAAGAGAAGACAGAUAGCAUUUGACUAUGCAGAUGAGAGGUUAAGGAUUAAUGCACUCAGGAAGAACACUAUCCUUCCCAAAGAGCUUCAGGCGAUAGCAGACGAAGAGAUUGCAGCCCUACCCAGAGACAGUUGCCCUGUGAGGAUUCGUAACAGGUGUGUGAUGACCUCCCGACCUCGAGGAGUGAAGAAGAAAUGGCGUUUGAGUCGUAUUGUCUUCCGGCAUCUAGCUGACCACAAUCAUCUGUCUGGGAUCCUGCGGGCGCGGUGGUGACUGUGUCCUCGUGGAACACCUCCUGGCAGGAUGUUGAACUGAUCAUAACCAGAAAGCCAAAAUGUUGGCAUGGCUUCUGGAUAUAUUACAUUUGCUAUCUAGUUAUUUGCUUCCGUUUUCUUGUGGCAAAUUAAAAAAGAAAAAACAUUAAAUGUCAAUAAUAAUGUUAA